AUGCUUUCAACGACUUAUUUAUGCUUUUUGAUCUUUUCGUUUUGGAUUUGUGUUCAAUCGGAUUUAAAUUUAUAUAAUACAGAUGAAAUAAAUAACAAUGGAAUUGACGCAUUACAAUAUAAUUGUUUACGCACUGACUUUGACAGUGUAACGAUACAAACUAUAAGUACUUUUGAAAUGUUAUCGUUUUGCAUGAACGAAGAAACAUCGAGAGUUUAUGUUGAACCUAAUAUAUCGCUUUCACAUUAUACCUUUGCUGAACUUUCCAAACUCAAUGUAACUGGUGAACAGUUGUUUUAUUGGUCAACACCUAUUGAUGUUAUUGAACACUAUGAACUAUAUUUAAUAUCAAAUAAUGAAACAAUGGGAAAAGAAAUCUAUUAUAAUUGUACAUUGCCAAGAUUUGGUCCACUAUGUCAAUAUGAAUUUAAUUCGUAUAAUGUAGAUGAUCAUUUUAAUUCUUAUCUUAGAUCGUUUUAUUAUGAAUCAUAUGGUUUUCUAGAUAAUUUAACAUGUUAUACUCAUUUAAAGUGCGAUCGUGGUCCAUAUCCAUUUUGUUUAGAUUGGAGUGAAAUAUGUAAUGGAAUAAUCGAUUGUCUUGAUUAUCCAUUUGAUGAAGAACAUUGUUCACAAAUAGAUAUAUAUGAUCCAAUAGAUGAACCUAAUACAGGAUUAUGGGGUCCAUUAUACUGGAUUAAUCGUCUACCAACUUCCAGAAAUGAAGAUGCUAAAUGUAACCAUUCACCAUUAUCAAGUUCUUGUUGGAGAGAGCGACACGAUAAAUUACUAGAAAUUAUGUUUUCUAUCAAAGAUAACUCAACAUCAGAUGAUUGUUUGUUAGCAUUUAAAUGUCUUACUAAUAUGCUAUAUUUACCAAACCAAAUUUGUGAUUGGUUUUGUUUCAGUUUUGCAUGUAUUGAAAUAAUUGAAAAGGAAUGUCCACUGAUGUUUUACAUACCAAUUAUUCCAGUUUUAUAUUCAAAUAUUUAUUUUGCUUAUGAAAAAAACGAUGCAAAAAUAUUUCUCAAUACGCAAAUUCGAAAUGUUUAUAUUUGUUAUUACAAUAAUUCUUUGUAUGAUAAUUAUUUUCAAAAUCAUUCAAUGAUUAUAUUUAACAAUAGAAAAUGUUACCGGUUUAAUACUUCAUUUUCUUCUUUUUAUGACCAUUUGAAAUUAAUAUAUGAUACAUUUUAUUCUUACAACCAACAAUUUUCAAAUUCAAUUUCUUCGUUAUAUAAAAAGAAAUUAGUUGUAAAUUCACAUAUGAUAUCAUUUAAAUCUAUUGUCUUAUCCAAUGAAAGUUCCUAUAUAUAUCUAUGUAGUUAUGAUAUUGGGAAUUUACUAGAAUAUGCAGAUCGAAACCCUUUAACACAUGAUGGUGAAUAUUUUUAUUAUCUUUGUUCAGAUCAAGGAAAUAUUUAUCAAAUGAAGCAUUAUAUUAGAUUUCAAUUUAUAUGUAAUGGAUUUAAUGAAUUAUUGUCAAAAAUGAUUAAUGGACAAAACCAAACCGAUGAAUCUGAAUGUAAUAAUUGGCCGUGUAAUAACAUAUAUACACGUUGUGAUCAAUUUUGGAAUUGUUUAAAUGGUGAGGAUGAAAUCGGAUGUGACGAAUCAGCAUUAUUAAAUUGCUCGUCUAAUGAAUAUAUUUGCUAUUCAUCUUCUACAAAUAAUUUAAUAUGUUUAAAUAUUAAUAAAACAAAUGAUGGUCGAAUUGAUUGUCUCGGUGCUUUUGAUGAACCAACAAUAUGUCAGAGAAAUUCUCGAUAUGUCAAAAAUAAUUUUUAUUGUACACAAAACAAUUCAAAAACAUGUGUUGCUAGUGAUCGUUAUUGUUACCUUGGUGGAAUAAUUCCUGGUGACAUAAUGCAUUGUCAAGAACUCGAUUUUCUUGACUUAAAUGGAACUCUUGAAAAUCAGAUACAAUCUCAGAUAUAUCAUCGAUCAAUACUUUGCCGCAUGUAUACCAUGGUAGGAAAGUCCACAAGUAUGUUUUUAUUAGGUGAAACAAAUGAUUUAACUAAAAAUUUAUUGAUUUCACCUAAGCAAUCUGUCAACGAACUGCCUCUUGAUGAAUUAAGAAGUUUAUGUUAUCGUGGAAUUCCUUUACGUGUUUGGUUGAAUAAAACUGAAUCCAAAGUCGUAUGUCUUUGCCCACAGCAUUAUUAUGGUUCAAAAUGCCAAUACCAAAACCAACGAAUGAGUUUUUUGAUUAAAUUUAAUUUAUCCAGAGGUAUUCAAGAAACUCUAUUUGAAAUUAUUAUUUUACUUAUUGAAGAUAAUAAUCAAAGACGUAUUCAUUCAUAUGUACAAUUUCUUUAUUUGCAUAUUGAUGAUUGUGAAACAACGUUUGUUAAUUAUUUACUUUAUUCAAUACGAUCAAAAAAUGUAACUGAAAAUUAUUCCAUACAUAUUGAUAUUUAUGAUAAAAAGUCAUUAAUUUAUCGUGGAAGUUUUCUAAUUCCAAUAAUAAAUUCAUUUCUACCUGUUCAUCGUCGAAAUUUUAAGAUUAAGAUACCUUCACUAGAUCAUAAAAUUGAAUAUUGUUCGAAACACUAUGGUUGUGUUCAUGGCAAAUGUAUUAAAUAUUUAAAUACUGAACAAGAUGCGACCUUUUGUCAAUGCGAUCCAGGGUGGUCAGGUAAAUAUUGUACAAUUUCAAAUUUAGUUAAGUGUAGAUGUUCACUCGAUUCGAAAUGUCUUGGUGUUGAUGGUCAUAAUCGAUCUAUAUGUCUUUGUCCAUUACAUAAAAGUGGUCCUNAAUAUUGUUCGAAACACUAUGGUUGUGUUCAUGGCAAAUGUAUUAAAUAUUUAAAUACUGAACAAGAUGCGACCUUUUGUCAAUGCGAUCCAGGGUGGUCAGGUAAAUAUUGUACAAUUUCAAAUUUAGUUAAGUGUAGAUGUUCACUCGAUUCGAAAUGUCUUGGUGUUGAUGGUCAUAAUCGAUCUAUAUGUCUUUGUCCAUUACAUAAAAGUGGUCCUCGAUGUUUAAUUAUAAAUCGAAUAUGUGAAAAGAAUGAUAAUUCAACAUGUCAUGAUCAAGGACAAUGUAUUCCAUGGGAUUUACAUAGGAGAAAAAUACAUCCAUUUCGAUGUAUUUGUUCGAAAGGUUUUAGUGGUGAUCGUUGUCAAAUUAAGGAUAAUGAAAUUCAUUUAUUAUUUGAAAAAAACUUUUUUACAGGAUCAACAGUAUUCCUUCAUUUUAUUGAAUUUCGCAAAGAAUUUAAUCAACUAAAAGCAACAACAACUUUCAAAACAAUUUCUCCUCUUGAUAAUUCACUUACUGUUUAUUGGUCGUAUCCAUUUAAUUUCAUCGUUCUCGAAGAUCUUAAGGAAAAUUACUAUUUAAUUACAAUUCAAAUAUAUCAUAUUGAAGGGCAAAAACUAAUAGAACAUGUUCAAUCAUCAAAUCGUUGCCAACAUAUCAAUAAACUAUUUAAUAAAACCAUUUUAGGAUAUUCUCAUCUUCAACGUCUGAAAUAUUAUCAUUUGCCAUGUCAAGAGUCUUUAUCAAAACAUUUAUGUUUUUAUGAUAAUAUUCAUUUAUGUUUUUGUUAUAAUCAUUAUGGAAGACGUUUAACAAAUUGUCUCGAAUUUAAUCGUACAAUGACAUUUGAUUGCCAAGAAAAUAAUGAAUGUCAAAAUAAUGGAAAAUGUUUUCAAGCUGGAUUAGGAUGUAAAAUAAAAUCCACAUGUCUUUGUGAUUCUUGUUUUUAUGGAAAACUAUGUCAAUUUAAUACAAAUGAAUUUAGCUUAUCGCUUGAUAAUAUUUUAUCUUAUCAUAUUCAACCGUUAAAUAAAAUUAUUCAUCAGUCAAGUAUUAUUCAAAUAAGUAUUGCAUUAAAUCUAAUAUUUAUAAUAGCAGGUUUAAUAAAUGGUAUUUGUACCAUGAUAACAUUUCAAAAUAAAAAAUUACGUGAAGUUGGUNGAAGUUUUCUAAUUCCAAUAAUAAAUUCAUUUCUACCUGUUCAUCGUCGAAAUUUUAAGAUUAAGAUACCUUCACUAGAUCAUAAAAUUAAAUAUUGUUCGAAACACUAUGGUUGUGUUCAUGGCAAAUGUAUUAAAUAUUUAAAUACUGAACAAGAUGCGACCUUUUGUCAAUGCGAUCCAGGGUGGUCAGGUAAAUAUUGUACAAUUUCGAAUUUAGUUAAGUGUAGAUGUUCACUCGAUUCGAAAUGCCUUGGUAUUGAUGGCCAUAAUCGAUCUAUAUGUCUUUGUCCACUACAUAAAAGUGGUCCUCGAUGUUUAAUUAUAAAUCGAAUAUGUGAAAAGAAUGAUAAUUCAACAUGUCAUGGUCAAGGUGAGUGUAUUCCAUGGGAUUUACAUAGAAGAAAAAUGCAUCCAUUUCGAUGUAUUUGUUCGAAAGGUUUUAGUGGUGAUCGUUGUCAAAUUAAAGAUAAUGAAAUUCAUUUAUUAUUUGAAAGAAAAUUUUUUACAGCACCAACAGUAUUUCUUCAUUUUAUUGAAUUUCUCGAAGGAUUUAAUCAACUAAAAGCAACAACAACUUUCAAAACAAUUUCUCCUUUUGAUAAUUCACUUAUUAUUCAUUGGUCGCAUCCAUUUAAUUUCAUCGUUCUCGAAGAUCUUAAGGGAAAUUACUAUUUAAUUAGUAUUCAAAUAUACCAUAUUGAAGGGCAAAAACGAACAGAACAUGUUCAAUCAUCAGAUCGUUGCCAACAUAUCAAUGAACUAUUUAAUAAAACCAUUUUAGGAUAUUCUCAUCUUCAACAUCUGAAAUAUUAUCAUCUGCCAUGUCAAGAGUCUUUAUCAAAACAUUUCUGUUUUUAUGAUAAUAUUCAUUUAUGUUUUUGUUAUAAUCAUUAUGGAAGACGUUUAACAAAUUGUCUCGAAUUUAAUCGUACAAUGACAUUUGACUGCCAAGAAAAUAAUGAAUGUCGAAAUAAUGGAAAAAGUUUUCAAGCUGGAUCAGGAUGUAAAAUAAAAUUGACAUGUCUUUGUGAUUCUUGUUUUUAUGGAAAACGAUGUCAAUUUAAUACAAAUGGAUUUAGCUUAUCGCUUGAUAAUAUUUUAUCUUAUCAUAUUCAACCAUCACAUAAAAUUAUUCAUCAGUCAAGUAUUAUUCAAAUAAGUAUUGCAUUAAAUCUAAUAUUUAUAAUAGCAGGUUUAAUAAAUGGUAUUUGUACCAUGAUAACAUUUCAAAAUAAAAAAUUACGUGNUUGUGAUUCUUGUUUUUAUGGAAAACGAUGUCAAUUUAAUACAAAUGGAUUUAGCUUAUCGCUUGAUAAUAUUUUAUCUUAUCAUAUUCAACCAUCACAUAAAAUUAUUCAUCAGUCAAGUAUUAUUCAAAUAAGUAUUGCAUUAAAUCUAAUAUUUAUAAUAGCAGGUUUAAUAAAUGGUAUUUGUACCAUGAUAACAUUUCAAAAUAAAAAAUUACGUGAAGUUGGUUGCGGCUUGUAUUUAUUAUGCUCAUCAAUAACAACAUUAAUUGUAACGAUUUUACUGGCAUUAAAAUUUUGGAUACUUAUUUGUGCACAAAUAUCUUCAAUAACAAAUCGAUUAUUUUUACUAAUUCAAUGUAUUUCAUUAGAUUAUCUUCUUCGAGUUUUUCUUCAUAUGGAUCAAUGGUUAAGUGCAUGUGUUGCCUGUGAACGAGUUAUAAACAUAAGUAAAGCAGUUCAUUUUAAUAGGAGAAAAAGUGUACAAGUAGCUAAGCUAGUAAUAAUUUUACUUCUAAUUUUUAAUGUUUUAAUAUUUAUUCAUGAACCCAUUCAUCGACAUUUAAUCGAUGAAUUGGAUGAAGAUGAAAAAACAAAACGUACAUGGUGUAUUGUUACUUAUUCGUCAGAUUUACGAACUUACAAUACAAUUAUUAGUACAAUUCAAUUUUUUGCUCCAUUUAUAAUUAAUUUAGUUUCUGCUAUUACUUUGAUUAUGAAAAAAUCGUUGCACCAAUCAAAUAUUCAGAAAAAACAAAGCUUUCAACAAAUUUUACGCGCUAAUUAUAGAGAACAUAAACAUUUAUUUAUUUCACCACUUAUAUUAAUUAUUCUUGCAAUACCACGCUUAAUUCUUACUUAUAUAUCACAAUGUAUGAAAUCAAUUGAUGCUUCAUGGCUAUUUCUUUUUGGAUAUUUUACUUCAUUUAUUCCAACUAUGUUAACUUUUAUUAUUUUUGUUUUACCAUCGAAAUUUUAUCAAAAAGAAUUUUCCAAAUCUAUUUCUCAAUAUAAAAUUGGUAUAAGACGAUGUUUGCGUAUUUCGCCAUAA